UACCGACUAGCAAGAAAGGAGAAAACACACGCAGAAUGGUCAGAAAGAGAGAGAGCUAAAGUAGAGAGAAAGCGAGAGAGUUUGGUUUUAUGAAUGUGUAGAGAGAUCGGUGAGGCUUUCGAAGAAGGAAACAAUAUGAUGAUGGCCGUGGACGCGAUAGGGUUCAAGAAGUUCGGCGAGGAGUCGGCGAUCCAGGAGGUGGCGUCGGCGGGAAUCAAGAGCAUGGAGCACCUCGUCUUCCUUCUCUCCCAGCAGAGAUCCCCGCAGACAACUCCGGAUUUCGACCUCAAUUGCAGCCAGAUCGCCGAUCACACCGUCACCAAAUUCAAGAAGGUCAUCUCCCUUCUUAACCGGACCGGUCACGCCAGGUUCCGGCGAGGCCCGGUCCCGCCGAUCGCCGACGAGCCCCGGCCAUCCGAGCCGCUGUGCGGCUCCUCCAAUCCGAUUCAGCCACAGCCUUCAGUCCUCCCACUGCAGCCCACUCGGCCGGCGCUGUCUGAACCUUGUCUUCCUCCUCCUCCCCUUCCCCUUCCGCAUCAUCAACAUCCGGUUCAUGCGCCUCUUGUUCAUUACAAUUCGAUGGUCUUCAAGGGCUCCCAGAAGGAUAGUCCCGCGGGCUCCAGCAUCUCCCCACCUAUGUCCUCCACGAGCUCGUUCGUCUCCUCGGUGACCGGUGACGGGAGCGUCACCGGUGGCCGGACAUUCUCUGCCCCUGUCCCCAAUGUGUCCGCUCCUGCAACCGGCGCCGGCAGACCGCCGCUCUCUUCUGCAGCUGGAGUUCUGGCGAAGAAAAAGUGCCAGGGCACCCACGCCUUUCCUGGAGAUAAUGCCGGCAAAUGUGGUGCUCAUGGCAGGUGUCACUGCUCUAAAAAGAGGAAAUCGAAAGUGAAGAGGGUGAUAAGAGUCCCUGCCAUCAGUUCAAAGAUUGCCGACAUCCCUGCGGACGAGUAUUCCUGGAGAAAAUAUGGGCAGAAACCAAUAAAGGGUUCUCCCUACCCAAGAGGAUACUACAAAUGCAGCAGUCUCAGAGGGUGCCCUGCGAGAAAGCAUGUAGAGCGAGCACCUGACGAUCCCUCGAUGCUUAUCGUGACAUAUGAGGGCGAGCAUCGCCAUUCUCAGACCACCAACACCACCACCAACAGCAAUAACAACACGGCUCUCUUGUUCGAGUCUUCCUAAGAGCUACCUUAGUUGGGGAGAAAUUUAUUUUCUUUUUUGUUUCUUAGUUCAAUCUGUUGGCUUCCCUCUCAUCUGGGCGAAGAUGAGGAUGAAGAUGAAGAUGCAGGUGCAAGGAAAACUAAAAAAUCUCUUAGGUUGGAAAAAAGAAUCCUGUAAAUUAAUAGCAAACAGUUCUUCUGUUCUUUCC